CUUCAUAUGUAUAUAUGGUAUAUGCUGCAGCACAAAUUGGCGUUGUCAUAAACGCGCCGGCGUAUGCGUACCGACCACGUUCAAAAUUCCUAGACAUAGCUCUUAAUCAAUUAAAGUCCAAAACACUGGUGAUGAUAGAGAAUCAGGACGGAGAAAAUGUCGCUGCUUUGAAGGAACUUAUACCAGACUUGGAGACAUUUGGUGGAAGAAACAUACAGUCUGAGAGGGUACCCCACCUUAAGAAUAUCAUUAUUCCAAAUGUGUCGAAAGCAGCUUACGGCCUGUCCUUCGAAGAUGUCACAAAGCUUGGUAAAGAUAUUUCAGAGGACGACAUCCAAGCAGCCAGAGAUGCUUUCACUGGAGAUGAUCCCAUAAACACGGGACUCUCCUCGGGCAGCACCGGCGUUCCUAAAUGUUCCGUCAAUAGUCAUUUUAAGGCGGUCAACUUGCUCAAGUUUUCCUUACUACGAUACGCUGACUAUAAGAAGCCGGUGGUAGUUGGAGUGGGCAAUCCCGUUCACGACGAACUGGUAGCAGAUUACGUCUACUGGGUCAGUGUGGAGAAUGAUAAAGACAUCCAGCUUGUGAUAUUACCGUCCACACUGUGGGACGUAGAAUUCCAGGGGGAGAACGAAGAUGAGGGCUACCACAUGGAGGAUUUGUACAAAUCUAUACAAGAGUGCAGGAUCACCCACCUGGAGCUGUACCCGACAUUUCUGAUGAAGGGUCUGGAGCUUGAUGCCGAGAUUGUCCAGAAAUACGACACAUCUUCUGUUAAACGAGGUAUUCUCACGUCCACAGUGAUCACGGAGAAACUGAGAGAGCAGUGCUCAAAGCUAAUCCCAGAAUUUGUGGUCGCACUCGGCACUACAGAAUACUGGAACGUCAGCGCCACCUAUCCACUGGAUGACGACUUUGACCGCCGGUACCGCGGUAUAGGCUUUCCACCGCCACACACUGAGGUGAAAAUAGUUGAUGCAAACAACAAGAUCGUUCCUCCAGGCGUGGAAGGGGAAAUAUGUGUGCGAGGGGUGUUCAUGUUCAGUACUUAUUACGGUUCUGAAGACUUGUACAGGAAAGUGGUGUCCCAGUCUGGUUGGUACCACACUGGAGACAUUGGUACGAUGAAUGAAUACGGGUUUAUGUACUACACUGGACGGAAAUUUCAUGUACUCCAUUUUUCUCGCUGGGGCGACAAGGUUUAUCCUGCUGCCAUAGAGAUUGCAGCAGCAAAACAUCCUAAAAUCAGUCAGGCACAGGCAGUUGGGUUUAGAAAACCGGGCGAAGAUGACCUUGAUACCAUCAUUCUAUGUGUUAUACCUAUCCAGGGCCAAAAUAUAACAGAAGGUGAGCUGCGAUCUCAUUGCCAGAGCGAGCUGUUGGAUCACAUGUGGCCUGACCACUAUGUCGUCAUGGAGACGUUCCCCAGGGUGGGGAUCAGGCAGAAGGUAUCCAAAGAAGAACUCCUGAAAAGUGCCAAGAAUAUCCUCCUGGAUUCCGGUAAAUUGAAGUUGAGUGAGAUGAACCAGUGAAAACAGUGGCGACAAGACAGGCCUGGAAUUGUUUCACAUCCGGGACUUCUGACAUUUGCGAGAUUUCUCGCGAGACGAGAUUGAAAGUUUCCAGUGACCAAUAUCGAUUUGUGCUUAUAUAAACAGAAAAGAAAAAAGGGAUAAUAAUAAUAAUAAUAAUAAUAAUAAUAAUAAUAAUAAUAAUAAACAACAACAACAACAUUUAUCGGGAUAAUGUUGAUGUAAUUGACGUUUCUGAAGUACAAAUAACAGUUUUAUAUGGCGAAAGGCCUCGAUGAAUUUGCAUAAAGGGGUAAAAAUUCUUGAUACAUUGUGUUUGCUUUUAAUUGAUUAAAAUGUCCAAUGACAUGACAUCUUUCACCUUUUUCAAAAUGAAUUUUAUAAGAAUGGCAGGAUCUUAAGAAAGAACUAUCAGAACAUGUGGCACUUAUUUUGUUAAAUGAACCAAAAUGUGUACGUAAAAAAACGUAAAUGAAAUUCUUGCUGUGAUUGUAAAGGUUUAAAUGGUCUUUAGGUUUCUGUGUCUUU